AUGUUGCAUGUCGAGUCAUCUGAGAUGCAGGCAGCAAUAACAAUGUGUCAGUUUCUUUUAAUUUGGGCGUUCACCCACCUCUUUGGUUGGUUUUGGCGGGUCAAUAUGUCGGGCGUCUCAACUACACUUCUCAUGAUUAGCAGUUGUCUGAUUUGCCGCAGAAAGGCGAAGGGCCGCAGUUGUCGGUGGCCUGCUAAUACGGGUAAAAACUCUCGUGUAGCCCUCGUCACGGGGGCAUCUUCCGGCAUUGGUUUUGCCGUUACGCAGCAACUUGUUGAACAUGGUUGGCGUGUGGUCAUGGCGGGGCGCAGUGAAGAACGGCUGCUUGAGGCACGGAAGAAAAUUAUGGUGCGGAAUCCUGCUGGCUGUGCAAUCGUUGUUGGUGUAUUGGACCUGUCGGAUCUGAGCAGCGUGCGAGAUUUUGCCGAGGUUGUGACUGGACAGAAAGAUCAAUUAUCUCUGUCACUUUUGGUGAAUGCGGCUGGGGUGUUGCGCCGGCGUCUUCACCGCUGUGAUGGUACAGGGAUGGAGGAGAUGAUUGCGACUAACGUGGUUGGGCCGAUGCUUCUCACAGAGUUGUUGCUUCCGCUACUGGAUGAGACAGCGCUGCGGACUGGGGCGUCGUCGCGGAUUGUUAAUAUUGCAUCCAGCUGCCACACGUUUUUGGGCGUCGCCCCACAACAGGGUCCUUUGGAGAUGUUGAAAGAGCUCCACAGCAGGGCACCGCUCAGUGAGGAUGCCGGGGUACGGGAUUUUACUCUAUGGAACUUUGUGGGUUAUUAUGGGCUUUCCAAACUGUGCAUGAUUUGGUGGACAAAUAUCCUUGCACAGCGUGUUUCUUCCCUUUACCUUCCCACCACCGAGGGAGCUCAACCGUCACAACCGCUACCCCGGGUCUCCGUUGCCUGUUGUCACCCCGGUAUCAUUACAACGCAUUUGUACCGUGAUCUCUUCCCUACUUUCGUACUGGACUAUUUAAUUUACUAUCCCUCGCUGCUCAUUGGUAAAACAUGGACAGAUGGAGCGCAGGUGGUGCUGCGGAUGGCUGUUGAGGAGGAGCGGUUGGUGCAAGGUGGAUAUUACCUUUGCGAUGGCGAGUAUGGUGAGAAGAGCAGUAACUGUUGCCUCUCUGCAUACGCAAAGGACAUGAAAGCGGCGGAGGAAUUUUGCGCGUGGGCGAAUAUGCAAAUAGAAUUACAAAAGGACACUCCACGAGUUCCAAAGUUACGCACCAAAAAGGUAGACCUACCCAGGCGACUUAUUGCAGUAAAACUUUUGUGA